AUGAUGCUAACGACGGUCGGGCUUAGAACUACGCUUGAUGCCGAACGCGAGCUAUUGCGAUGCCUCGCUGACAAGGAACCGACCUUCGUGGAGUUCUCGCACUAUCUGUCCGAGUUCCGCACCGCAGCUCAAAAUGCUAUUCUCCUGGAUUUCGAUGCCGCCCGCGAAUACGAUAUUGAAGGCCGCCUGUGGGAUGCGCAUCUGAAACUCAACACCCGGUUUCGCAAGAAGCUGUCUCGCCACAAGGAGGAGAACGUCAAGAAGAAGCCAGUCGAGAAACGGAAGCUAGAGAAGCAUUACUUGGACUUCAUCAAGUCGAGCCAGCGAUUCUACCGAGGAUAUAUCCAGCAUCUGUCGUCUCACUUUUCUGGAAUCUUGGAAUUGAAGAAGGUUGCCUGCAAAUUCAACUUCGAGAAUCUGUCUGCGCAAUCCCCGUCCUCGAUCACUCCUGACUUGCGCAAGCGCAUUCUCCAAUCCUGCCAUGCAACCCUUAUUCGACUUGGCGACCUCUCUCGAUAUCGGGAAACGGAAUUGGUCAGUAAGGAUCGCAAUUGGGGCCCCGCUAUUGGGUACUAUGAUUUAGCUUCCGUGAUAUACCCGACGUCUGGCGCAUCACACAACCAACUGGCUGUUAUUGCACUCGCCGAUGGUAACCAUUUCCGCGCCACCUAUCAUCUAUAUCGAGCCUUGUCCGCCCGGGACCCCCAUCCCUCUGCGAAGGGAAAUUUGGAGAUAGAAUUCAGAAAGGUCAUGAACGCAUGGGCCAAACGGGAGCUGAUCCGCCCCGAGGAUGCGGGUAUUCCAGGCAGAGCUCUGGCUCCCUGGUUUGUCUAUCUGCAUGCGCAAUGUUACAAAGGAAACGACUUCUCCGAACAUGAUGAGCUAGAGAGUGAAGUCAUGAGCCAGUUUGCCGUGGAUAUUCGAGAACAGCGCUCACUGGAGGGUACACUCCAGAAGUAUUGUCUCGUCAAUAUCGCUGCGGAGGAUUUCGCUCGAGCGCGGUCCACCGAAGAAUCGGCGAAUGCACGCAUUUUCUUCCAGCGCAUUAACGUGAAGACAUUUUUCACAUUGCUGCAAAUCCUACUGGUUGAAUUGGAACGCUUCGCUGUGGAUGAUUCGAAUAGCAGAUCCACAGACAAUGUCCCAGACAAGGUGACUGUAGUUGCCCGUCGUAUCCUGCCUGCUCUACGUCAUUACAGCUCCUGGCUUCUCACUACCUGCGACUUUCUUCUUGCACAGAAGGAAGAGAAAGACUCGGCUCUAUCGAUUCAAAUCCAGGAAUUUUGGAAAAUCUACGCUGGAACCCUGACUCUCCUCGCGUCCACCUUUGAUGUUGUGCAUCUCCCAGAGAUUGACUAUCUUCUCGAAGAAGAUGAAGAAAGCCUAGGAUUUGCGCCCCUAGAUCAAGAAGCUACUCGCCGCCGAUACUAUGCUACAGAUGAGCAUCUCAAGCCUCGAUUGAAUGAUCCCGGCGUUGAAAGAAGCCACCCAAACAUGGAAAUGCUGUAUCGAGUCCGCGAGUUUGUAAUCGACGGUCUUGAUAUGGUUGUGAGAAAUAGAAUUCCCAUCGCCCUUGUUGAUGAUGAGGACAAGAAGACAUUCAUCUACCAGGAAGAUGGACUGCCUGCUCAAUUCUUCUCCAGUCCUCAUGUUCACCAGGAUACACUUUCAAGCGCUACCAUUGAGCGUGAAGACAUUCCACCACCAAAUCAAGACUCCAAUUCUGUUGUCGAGGGUCACAGCAUGUUUGGGGGCUCUCAGUCUGCCUCUGCAUCCAUGUCUGCCAAUAUGAAUCGUAUCGUGGAAGGUGUUGAGCGUCUCGUUGAGUCUGAUACAUAUGAGAAUGCGCCUGGUGUUCCUGGCCAGUUUGAACCAUUCCUACACGACACUGGAGACAUGCCCACGCCUUCCGCUCAUAUCAGACCUACCCCCCAUGCUUUUCCCUUUAAUGAUCAGAGUGUACAGCCUCUUGGCACGCCAAUGGCCCCUCCUGGGCUCGGGCCGCCUGUUCACAAUACAGAGACCCUUCGCUCAUCAUCUGCCCAGCCAUACACGCCACUGGCUGCUCUGCCAAGCAUACCAAGUAUAUGGAAUACGUCUUCUCCCGGGUCCUUGAGAAGCGCUGUAUCCCCGCGGACUCCACCCGGACUUGGUCAACAACCCCAAUUGCCCUCAAUGGCCUCGGUUGGUGGUAACAUCUCCGAACGGUCACCAUCCCGGGAGCAGAUGGCCAACGAACUACUCCGACAGAGUAUUAUGGCCCAGGCCCAGCUCUCAAACUCGUACGACACACCAUCUGCUCCCUCGUGGAUGGCGUCUUCCAACUCACCCGCUGCAGCCCCGGCCCACCCCCCUAUGAACCAAUGGGAACGAGAACCUCUCAGCCGAAUGACUUUCGGCUCCUACGAGUUCCCCACUCAAGCCAUGUCCAGCAUGCAAGCUCCGUCAUGGGCCAAUGAUGCCUUUAUUGCCAGCAGUUUUGCGUCUGGUGCGACCCAGUACCCUCCUGGGCUUGUCCCUCACCGCAAAACAGCCACCCAGCUCGGUGCAAUCGGGCAGACUCCGCCAUGUGGCCAGGGGGGCUGA